AUGCAGUCCUCUAUCCUUCCCCUGGCUUCUGCUAUGGUCCUCAUCUCACAGGCCAUUGCAGGAGUGAUUUCUCCUCGCGAAGCAUCUCUCGCUCAUUUUCAGAUAUUCGGCGACGAUAACUGCACUACUGCCGAAAGCAUGGGUGAAUUCAAUCUUUAUUCUGAGGAUACCGACAAAUGUCACACAUUUCCCACUGACAAGGCUGUCAACUCUGUUUACAUUUCUUAUAUCAGCGAUGAAUGUGCAGACUUUUGCUAUGGCCGUUUUAUUACCUAUGGAAGCUACAAUAUUGUUUGUUAA